GUGAUCACUUCCUCACCAUGCUAGGAGUGAGCCUCUGUCUGUUCCUCCUGCCCCUCUGUGCCAUGUCGAUGCUCUCGGGGUGGGUAGAGUCUCCAGGCUAUCCCCGUGGUUACCCACCUGAUGCUAGUAUGAACUGGAGCAGGUGUGCCCCUCCCGGCCACACUCUCGCCCUCAAGCUGACACACCUGGACAUGGAGGACAGUGACGGCUGCGAGAACGACGCCCUGGAGAUCUUUGCAGAUGGAAAGCAGAUAGCCAUUCAAUGUGGUGAAAUGUUGUUUGAGGACCUUGAUUCUACCGUCAAUCCCUCACUCCUGUCCUCCAUAGAGGGCUGCCUCUCUCUCUCGUUCCGCUCAGACUACUCCAACACUAAGAGGCACACUGGCUUCAGAGGGUUUUACACACUGAAAGACUUUGAUGAGUGUGAGGACGACCCAGAUAACGGAUGUACCCAGUUCUGCCACAACUACAUUGGAGGCUACCUCUGCUCCUGUCGCCUUGGUUACCACCUGGACACAGACAGACACACCUGCACAGUGAGUUGCACUGAGGACCUGUCCGGCUCGCUGCGUGGCGUGAUAUCCAGUCCGCCUCGGCCCGGCCCGUACGCUGAGCAUGCCCACUGCUCCUACACCCUGUCAGUAGAGGACAACCUGUAGCUGCUCCUACACUUCACUGGGGAGUUUGAUGUUGAGCCAGGGUGUGUUGAGACUUCCUCUGGGACUCGGGGGCCAUUCUGUGGCCGUGUGCCUCCCUCCUCCCCCAUCCGCACUGGGUCACACAGCGCCCGCAUUCUCUUCAACUCCGACGGACAGGGCUCCAACAACGGCUUCACUAUCCACUACAAAACCACAAAAAAGACCUGCCGAGGGAUUGUGACCUCCAACUCUACGUUGGCCCCACAGCAACCUGAAUAUCACCAAGGUGACACAGUCACGGUGACCUGUGACCUAAGGAGUGUUCUGAACACAGGCGACAAAGAGUAUGAGUCGACAUGCAAGAGGACAGGCGAGUGGAGUCCUGUACACCACUGUGAACCUGUGAAUUGUGGAGAACCAGAGACUUCUAGUGAUGAGGCCCUUCAACUGGUUGACAAGGAUCCAAGCACUCUGUUUCGUGACAAGGUCCAGUUCAAGUGUGAAUCCAAAUACUACACACUGGAGGGAGACAAGAAGUACAUCUGUGAUGCCAAUGGUACGUGGACGUCAGUCAACGGCCAACAAAUGUUACCAAAGUGCAUCGAAGUGUGUGGGAAGACUGAAACAGAUUUUUCCAGCAUUGCAAGAAUUUCGGGGGGCCAUCGGGCGAAGAUAGGAGAGAUACCCUGGCAGCUUCUCACUAAACAUCCUAAAAGAGGAGGAGCAUCGCUGAUCAGUGACCGGUGGGCCAUCACAGCAGCUCAUGUUGUAGAUGGCUAUGAAGAAAGCACCAUUACAUUUUUCGGAGGGCUGAUAGAUGGGACAAAAGCAAAAGAAACUGAUCCUGACACGGUUGUCGUGGUAACAGAGAAGAUCAUCAUUCACCCUGACUACAUGAAGGGCAUAGCUGGUGAUGAACGCACUAACUACGACAACGACAUAGCUCUCAUCAGAAUGUCUUCCAGGGUGAAGUUAGGGCCCAAUGUUCUCCCCAUAUGCCUGGCUGAGGCUGAUGGAGAAUUCAAAGAGGGUCAACAAGGCACUGUUUCAGGGUGGGGUGCGACAGAGAAUAAAGAUAAAAGCCAGUUCUUGCUUCACACAGCUGUGGGAAAAUACCCCCAAAGGAUGUGUAAAGACACACCUGUAUUGUCUAUUAACAAGCCAAUGGUUUUCACUGAGAACAUGUUCUGUGCAGGUGGUGAUGGGAAAGAUAGCUGCAAGGGGGAUAGUGGGGGUCCAUUCUUUCUCCCUAUGCUGGGAUCAGGGAACAACGAUAACAGAGGGCCAUAUCGUCUGAGAGGCAUUGUGUCCUGGGGUGCCCUUUGUGAACUGGAAAAGGAUUCUAAAAAGGGUUACUACACCAAAGUGGAGAAUUACUUAGACUGGAUCAAGAAGACCAUAGAGAGAGAAGAGCAGGGGUACAAACAGUAAGAAGAGUAAAACAUACUAGUCAACUCUUAACCUCCAUAAUCACAAUUUUAUGCUCAUGAUUUCCAGUACUUUCAUUUUUUUUUUUAAAUCAGUCUGGUUCUAUAAAUGACUUGUGAUUUUUUAAUUAGGUUUUCCCUCAAUCAGUGUUAAUUGUAACUUCAGUAUACAGACAAUACCAUCCUGUCAUGUCUGAAUUAAGUCUCAGUGGCAAAAUCACAAAACAUAAUGUUGUUUUCUUUUAGAUUGUGAAAAAUGCUUCACAAUGUAACCCUGAUUGACAAACCCAAAUAAAAAUAUGAUUUAUAAAACGUGUCUGAAUGUUUGUCUUCAAUCAAACUCUAAAUGAAAUGUUGAUACCCAAUUUUUUCUCUCUCUGCCCAAACUCUCUCCCUCCCUCCCCCAUUUCUACCGUGCCUCUACAUCUGCAUUGCUCGCUCUCUGUGGUUUUCGGCUUGGUUUCUGUAUUUGUAUUUGCAGUGGCGACCCGUCAUUCAGGGCUGUUUUGAGCCCCUCCUGUUGAGCUUUUUUUUGUAGCCUGUUUUGCAUGUUAUCUUGGCAUUAAUACGUGUCACAUAUCAGUUUG